AUGGCUGCGACCUGGAUCCUGGAGCCCGCGGGCCGCUGCAGCUGGGACGAGCCCGUGCGCAUCGCCGUGCACGGCCUGGCCCCGCGACAGCCCGUCACGCUGCGCGCGUCCCUGCGCGACGAGAAAGGCGCGCUCUUCCGGGCCCACGCGCGGUACGAAGCCGACGCCGGCGGCCUCCUGGACCUGGAGCGCGCGCCCGCGCUGGGCGGCAGCUUCGUGGGGCUCGAGCCCAUGGGGCUGCUCUGGGCCCUGGAGCCCGAGAAGCCCCUGGUGCGGCUCGUGAAGCGGGACGUGCAGACGCCCUUCGCCGUGGAGCUGGAGGUGGUCGACGGCCACGAGCCCGACUCGGGUCGUGUCCUGGGCCGGACGGUGCACGAGCGCGAGUUCCUGCGGCCGGGCGUGCGGCGGGAGCCGGUGCGCGCGGGCCGGUUGCGCGCCACGCUCUUCCUGCCCCCAGAACCAGGACCCUUUCCUGGGAUUGUGGACAUUUAUGGAGUUGGAAGUGGCCUUCUGGAACAUCGAGCUAGUCUGCUGGCUGGCAAGGGUUUUGCUGUGAUGGCUCUGGCUUAUCAUAACUAUGAAGACCUCCCCAAAGGCCUGGAGAUCCUCCACCUGGAGUACUUUGAAGAAGCUGUCAACUAUCUGCUGGAUCACCCUCAGGUAAAGGGCCCAGGAGUCGGGCUGCUUGGCAGCUCCAAAGGAGGUGACCUCUGCCUCUCCAUGGCGUCGUUCCUGAAGGGCAUCAGCGCCACGGUCUUAGUCAAUGGCUCCGUGGCCAAUGUCGGGGGAGCCUUACACUACAAAGAUGAGAUCUUGCCCCCUCUGGGCUUAGACCCAAAUCGAGUAAGGCUGACCAAAGAUGGCUUGGCAGACAUUGUGGAUGUCCUGAACAGCCCUUUGGAAGGAGCUGACCAGAAGAGUUUCAUUCCCGUAGAAAGAGCUGAGAGUGCCUUCCUGUUCCUUGUAGGUCAGGAUGACCGCAACUGGAAGAGUGAAUUCUAUGCUAAUGAGGCCUCGAAGCACUUGCAGGCCCAUGGUAGGAAGAAGCCCGAGAUCAUCUGUUACCCUGAGACAGGACACUACAUUGAGCCUCCCUACUUCCCCCUGUGCCGGGCUUCCCUACACACCUUGGUGGGUGGCCCUGUCAUCUGGGGUGGGGAGCCCAGGGCUCAUGCCACGGCCCAGGUGGAUGCUUGGAAGCAGCUCCAGACUUUCUUCCACAAACACUUGGUGGGGAAAAGUUAGGGGGACUCUCCUGAAAAUAUAGCCCACUAUAUGAAGGUUAGGAGAGUGAGACUAACAUACGCUAGCAGCAACAGUUAAAGACAGUUCACCUGGGGUGCCUGGGUGGCUCAGUGGGUUAAAGUUUUGGCU